AUGAUCGGCGCACUCCGCACCCUCCCUCGCGCAGGGGCGCAAAACCUCCGCACAGCAUCAUUGAUGUUCGCCUCUCGUUCCGGCGGAGCUGCACAACAGGUGCGCAACCUUUCCAUCCACGAGUACCAGUCUAUGGAAUUGCUGGGCAAAUAUGGUAUCGCAACACCCAAGAGCGUCGCUGCCAAGACUGCGGAUGAAGCUGCCAGUGUCUUUGAGAAGCAUUUCCCAAAGGGCGCUGUGAUCAAGGCUCAGGUGCUGGCAGGAGGCAGAGGAAAAGGUCAUUUUGAGGGAGGCCUGAAGGGAGGUGUGCACGUCGUCAAGAGGUGAGUGCACAAGCGCGGUCAGGUGCCUCGAUCAGCACCUCGGGGGGGACUCGAGUGCUGAUUCUCCCAACUUUAUCGCUCCCUAGUGCCGAGGAAGCCAAGAAAAUUGCUUCUCAGAUGCUUGGACACAAGCUCAUCACCAAGCAGACUGGCGCUGGCGGUCGUAUCUGCAACGCAGUCAUGCUGGCUGAAUUGCGCACACCAGCGCACGAGUACUACAUUGCAGUUCUAAACGAUCGUUCCACCCAGCUUCCUGUGCUCAUCGCUUCCAACCAAGGAGGCAUGUCGAUCGAGGACGUCGCGAAGGAGAAUCCCGAUGCGAUCAUCACUACGCCCAUCGACUUCACCAAGGGUCUGACGCAGGACAAGGCUCUCGAAAUUGCCAAGAAGCUCGGUUUCUCCAAGCCUGAAUUGGAGCAGCAAGCGGCAGAGACGUUUGUGAAGCUGUACACGCUGUUCAAGGAGAAGGACGCUACGCAAGUAGAGAUCAACCCUUUGGCGGAGAGCCAGGAUGGCGCAGUGCUGUGCAUGGAUGCAAAGCUGGGCUUCGAUGACAAUGCCGAUUUCCGCCAGCAAGAUAUUUUCAAGCUUCGCGACACGACUCAAGAGGACCCGGACGAGGUGGAAGCUGCAAAGAGCGGGUUGAACUUUAUCAAGCUGGAUGGGAACAUCGGCUGCUUGGUCAAUGGUGCCGGACUGGCCAUGGCAACGAUGGAUACUCUGAAGCUGAACGGUGGUAAUCCUGCCAAUUUCUUGGACGUCGGAGGAGGCGCAACUGCCGAGGCGGUCAAAAAGGCAUUCGAAUUGCUGCUCUCUGCCAACCCCAAGGCUCUAUUUGUCAACAUCUUCGGAGGCAUCAUGCGCUGCGACGUCAUUGCGGAUGGAAUUAUCCAGGCUACAAAGGAGUUGGAACUCAAGGUGCCUCUGGUUGUGAGGCUGCAGGGGACAAAGGAAGCUGAAGCUAAAGCUAUGAUCAAGGAGUCCAAGAUGAAGAUUUUUGCAUUUGAUGAUCUGGAUGAAGCGGCAUCCAAGGCUGUCGAGGCGGCUGCCAAGGGCACUCUGUGA